AUGGUCGAUACCGAGGUGUACGGAAUCGACACUAAUUGUGUGACGCUGGCGCGGUUCAUCCUGACCCAGCAGAAGAAAAUACCGAUGGCGACUGGCGAGUUUACGACUUUGACGAAUUCGAUUCUGACGGCCGUCAAAGGAAUAUCAUCGGCCGUUCGGAAAGCGGGAAUGACUCAUUUGCAAGGCCUGGUCGGAAGAAGUAAUGUACAAGGCGAAGAGGUAAAAAAACUGGAUGUCCUUAGCAACGAAUUGAUGAUCAACAUGAUCAGGUCAUCGUACACCAGCUGCGCCAUGGUAUCUGAGGAAGUACCUGUUGUUAUUGAAGUAGAACCUCAACAGCAGGGCAAGUACAUUGUUGUUUUUGAUCCACUGGAUGGCUCUUCGAAUAUAGACUGCUGUGACGGACCACCAAGCCUUCAAGAUAUUCUUCAACCUGGUACGAAAAUGGUGUCUGCCGGAUACGCGUUGUACGGCUCUGCUACAAUGGUCGUAUUGACGGUGGGUAGCGGCGUGCACGGAUUUACGCUGGAUCCGGGGAUCGGCGAAUUUAUUUUGACUCAUCCGAACAUUAAGAUAAAGCCAAGAGGGCGGAUUUUCAGCACUAAUGAGGGUCUCUCGGCAUUCUGGGACAAGGCGAUGACCGAAUACAUUGCGUCAAAGAAGAACUGUGCGUCGCCAUACGUUGCACGAUACGUGGGUUCCAUGGUGGCGGACAUUCAUCGCACUUUGCUUUAUGGCGGCAUCUUCCUUUAUCCCGCAACAUCCCGGUCUCCACACGGAAAGCUUCGUCUCCUGUAUGAAUGUUUUCCAAUGGCGAUGGUAAUCGAGAAAGCCGGCGGGUUGGCGACGACGGGGACGAAGAACAUUUUGGACAUCGAGCCCGAGUCAAUCCAUCAAAGGUCGUCGAUAAUUCUCGGCUCCAAAGAGGACGUCCAAGAGUACAUGUCGUUCGUGAAAAAGUACCAAACGGAACAUUAG